UGUAUUUGCCUUCUUGCUUAUCCAUCUAGCUCUCCAUAGUUGUCAUGAACUGCUGCAUGUGAAUGGAUUGUGAACUUAUGUGGAGGGUCUUGUUGUUGUCCCGCAUCGGGCUUUGUUGAUGCUGGUGCUUGAAUUUCAUCCAGCAACGCACUGAAAAUCGCUUCAAAAUGACUACGCCUCUUGAGCAGUUUGUGGUGAACGUCCAAAAUAUGUCAUCUAGCGGGAGCUUCUCCCAACUGUAUACAUUUAUAAGCAAGAGCAGCGAUAUGCUAGUGCGAAACGCGUCCCACUUGGAAGACGUCUUAGCGACGUUAGAUCUUCAGAAGCACUCGUUGGGAGUUCUGGCAAUUCUCUGUGUCAAGUUCAGUGUAAUCAACGCCGCUGACUUUGAGGUGCUCUAUGCGCAAGUUCAGGAGUUCAUUCUAGGUUGUAACGGUGAACAAGUCCGGUGCGCGACGGACACAUUUGCGGAGCUUUGUCAUCUCCUUACGCAGUCCCUCGUCGAAAGGCAACAGCCAAUGCGUGGAAUCCAGCUCCUCGCCUGUGCCAUCACUAAGAUCCAAUUGCUGCCGUCACAGCUGACAUCAAUCCAUGCUGACCUAUGCCAGCUCUGCCUUCUUGCCAAGUGCCUGAAGCCAGCUCUCCAGUUCCUUGAUGUCGACAUAACAGACAUCAGUCGAGAGAAUGACCAGUACGAUGCAAAGCACUUCUUGCUGUAUUACUACUACGGUGGGAUGAUAUAUGCAGCCUUAAAGAACUACGAACGUGCUCUCUACUUUUUUGAAGUGGCCAUCACCACAACCAGCAUGGCAGUCAGUCACAUUAUGCUCGAAGCGUACAAGAAAUACAUUCUGUUGGCACUGAUCCUGUAUGGAAAGGUCCCCACUUUGCCCAAAUACACUUCUCAGGUGGUCACCAGGUUUAUCAGGCCAUUGAGCCAACCUUACCUGGACCUCGCUUCAGCUUACACUUCCAAUAACCCGGAUGAAGUCAGGGCUGUCCUCACCAAGCAUGCCGAGACUUUUUCUCGGGAUAACAACACAGGUCUGACAAAGCAGUGCCUGGCUUCACUUUACAAGAAAAACAUUCAGAGGUUGACCAAGACAUUUCUGACGCUGUCUUUGACAGACAUGGCAAGCAGAGUGCAACUGUCAGGAACUGGGGACGCAGAAAGGCACAUACUGAACAUGAUUGAAGACGAGGAAAUAUUUGCAUCAAUUAAUCAGAAAGAUGGCAUGGUGGUGUUUGUGGACAACCCAGAGAAGUACAACACACCACUUAUGUUCAAGAGGCUCGAGGAGGAGAUGAGAAAGUUUAUUCAGCUCAACGAUAAAUUGAAGCAGAUGGAUCAGGACAUAGCCACAGACCCCAAGUAUAUUCAAAAGUGUUCGGGACAGCAAGACGACGAUCAGCCGGGCAGUUCCGUUGGAAGCAGCAAGCUGCCCACAUUCUCCAUGUGAACGCUUUGCUGUUUGUGGCACCGACUUUGUGGUUACUCGCUUGUCAUUUUUCAUAUUGGUAUGUGCUGUGCAAAUGUGUAUGCAGUGUGUGGACAAAAGAUUGUUGCCAGAGCAGCCGUGCUAACAUCGAUGCUUCCUCUUUCAGAAGACAAAAUAAAGUUGUGAAGCGUCGCAA